AUGGCAGAAAUUUCUCCCGAAGACCAAGCAGCCAAAUCCCGAAUCGUGAAGCACAUGAACCAAGACCAUCAUGACAGCAUCAUCCGCUACCUCCAACACUUCUCCAACCUCUCCAUCUGGACAGCCUCCUCAGGCCGUCUCCAGGACAUGGAUCUAACCUCCCUAACCCUCACCUGCAAAAACAAAACCUACCGCAUCCCCUUCACCCCACCUCUGAAAUCCUACCGCGAAGCCCGAGAACGCGUAGUACAACUCGACAAAGAAUGUCGCAAAGCCCUGGGCCAAUCGGACGUCACGGUCAAAUCCUACAUCGUUCCUACAGGUUACCAUGCAAUCCCCUUCCUUGUCGUUCUGGCCACUUUUAUAGCUUAUAGUCAGCGCGGAUGGUUCGCUCCGGGCCAGAUCGUGGAGAGGAUUCUAGGAUCCGGUUUCGCGAAUUUCAGCUGGAUGAUUCAGCCCAAAUUGUUGGCGGGUUUGAUCGUGAUUCAUGGAGGGGAGAUGCUAUAUUUUGCGGCUGUCAAGCUGAAGCGUCAUUCUGUGAAUAUGAGGUCGUCUGCUUGGUGGCUUUGGACGGCGUCGACUUUUAUCGAGGGGCAAUUUGCUUAUAAGCGAUUCGAUGCGCAUGUCAAGGCGAUUAGAGAGAAGCAGAAGCAUUGA